AUGGGGAACAUGGACGGGAAAACCGUGGAGGAGCUCAGCACCACCGAGUGCCACCAGUGGUAUAAGAAGUUCAUGACAGAGUGUCCUUCUGGCCAGCUCACCCUCUACGAGUUCAAACAGUUUUUUGGCUUGAAAAACCUGAGUCCUUCAGCGAACAAAUACGUUGAGCAAAUGUUUGAGACGUUUGACUUCAAUAAGGAUGGCUACAUAGAUUUUAUGGAAUAUGUGGCAGCUCUGAGCCUGGUCCUGAAAGGGAAGGUGGACCAGAAGCUUCGGUGGUACUUCAAGCUCUAUGAUGUGGAUGGGAACGGCUGCAUUGACCGGGGAGAGCUGCUGAACAUCAUCAAAGCCAUUCGAGCCAUCAACCGCUGCAACGAAACGAUGUCGGCUGAGGAGUUCACAGACAUGGUGUUCGACAAAAUCGACAUAAAUGGAGAUGGUGAGCUGUCCCUGGAAGAGUUCAUGGAGGGCGUGCAGAAGGAUGAAAUGCUGCUGGACAUCCUCACCCGCAGCCUGGACCUGACACACAUCGUCCGGUUGAUCCAGAACGACGGGAAGAACCCGCACGAGCUGGAGGAGGCAGCGGCUGACAAGUAACCCCCUGGGACGCUCUCCCUGCGCCUCCACUUUUCCCCCCUUGCAUUAUUAACUCGU